AUGGAGGCACAGGUUUCUGUCGACACCCGAUUCCUCCAUCCUCGACGCGUCGCAACUGAACCCGCACCUCUCCAGCCUCUCCGAAGAUCGCUGUCCGUCUCUUCCACCUCUUCGCGCUCCGGCUUCCUUGGCGCCCCAAAACUUCCCGACGAAUCCAUCGAGACCCUCUACAAUCACCCCUCUGUCAAGAUCAUAGCCUUCACCACCAGCCAGCGGACCUCCUUUGCUGCUCCCCAGUUCCCCGAUGAACCUGCCCCCGGUUCCCUUCCUCCCUCUUCGCAGCUCGAAAGAACAAUCGCAGUGGGGCCGUUCCGUAUUUAUCGCGCCCCGGGAUCUGUAGCAUUCUUAAACUGUGGCUCGGCACUGCAGCCUAUAUUACCAAAGUCUCAGUGCUGGUCUAUCGAUGAGGCAAACAGUCACUUUGUCCUGCAAAUCCGUCGCCCGCAAUACUGGAGGAUCGAAGUGCCUGUAUCCGAUCCCGAAGACGCCCACCGUGCCUUGAUUUUGAGAGAGGUUCUCGACAGCAUCCUACUCUUCGAGAAGACCGAGUGUCCCUUCCAGAGAAGCUUCACUGUCCAGCUGCCGCAAAGGCCACAAACUCCCGUCAAGAAGAAGCCAUGGACUGCCGCUGGGAAAAACCUCAUCUCCGCGCCCUUCUCCGCAAACCCGUCGCUGCCUUUACCGGCAGCAAAAAUAGUAAAUGAGAAACGGCGCCCCAACCCUGGUCUUCCUGCACCAACGGAACUCUUGCACAAGGAGGGCCGACAGCCUGAAGAAACGGCUCUCGCCUCAGCUACACCUACAACGGGAACACUGGGUGGUGGGCCGUCACCAAAAGAGGUCGCUAAGUUCUUGGAUGACGCAGCCGACAACACAGCAGCAGAGACGACAGCAGCAGAGACGACAGCAGCAGAGACGACAGCAGCAGAGACAACAGCAGCAGAGACAACAGCAGCAGAGACAACAGCAGCAGAUCCUAUGGCAGAACAAGUCACAAGAGAGUUUGGUGAACUCAGACCGACAACCGUUCCCAUUCCCAAAGGAAUUUAUCAUACUUCACAACCUACCACGGCAACGCUACCUAUAGACAACCCAGAAAUGCAAUCUUGCGUACAACCUGAGCCGGUGGUGCAACCUGACCGGAGGCUAUCGCAAAGAUCCCACUCCAGUGUGGUCAACCUGGCCCCCUCGGUUACACUAGAGCUAUCCUCGCAGCAAAUUGCUGCGCCUUCAGUUAUACCCGCAACAGUGCCUUUGCUUCGCUCCGCUAUCUCGGAGCACAUCCCAGGAAAGACGAAUAUACCCUCUGUAGCUUCAGCGGGAAACUUAUCUAGCAGGGCCCUACAUGGCAAUACCUCAUCAUGUCCAUCAUUGUCCUAUGAAAUCCCAGCGGUCCUGGAUUCGGAGCACACGAAGCCUAUCAUUGUAGAUGAUAGCCUAGUCAAAGGGGAAGAAGCAGUUGCCGGAUACACGAAGGAUGCUGAUCCCCACUCAUUCGAAGGCGCUGGCAGCGUUGGAGCCGUUAGUCUCAAAAAGAAGAGGAUGAGUCGUAUAUUGGCAGGUCGUUCUGUGACAAUUCCACCACAUCUUACUGUCGUGACAUCUCCACCGUCCAAAUCUACUCAACCCAUGGGCUCAAGGACCGCUUCGACACAACCGCUUGAAUAUUCUGUUGAGCCUUUGCCAGAAGAGGCAUCUCCUGUCGGCUCUAUGGACUCAUUCCACAGUGUGCAAUCGUGGCAUAGUCCGAUUACACCCAACCCUCCUUCCCCACCUUCUUCUUCUCCUUCUCCGCCAUCCUUUCCAUACCCACAUGAAAAUAUCAUACUCCCGAGCAAGAGCACGGCCAACUUGACCAGUGCCGAUAUUACGCCUGUUACCGAUGCAACUUUGAUGCCGAGCUCGACUGGUGCUACAACCCGUUCACUAGACGCGGAGUUUCCGGCCUCGUUCAGUGCCAUUGAGGAAAGCGAAGCCACCAACGCCAACUUGCCGUUGCCGCUCGAGUCAUCUGGGUCAUCUUCUUUUGCCUAUGAACGGCCUGGACUUGAGCAUCGCAGGAAGAGCACAAACCUGUCGAUUAGUAGGCGAGCAUUCUCGCCCCUGCCCCCGGCUGCCAAUUUAUUUUCGCCAUCAAGGCGCCAGCCCCCAGCAAGUCGCUUAGCCGCCGUUGGCAAACUGCCAAGCGCAAUCAUCCACAAAACGGUCGAAAUCCUUCUUUCGCCACCCGGUCAUCUCGUCAACCUUAUGCUGAAGGUCGCUGCUAAGAUCGCGGCUGGUGAAUGGAGAGGCUUGGUAUUCGGGUUAGGAGAAGGGGGCGAGAGUAUUCCUGUCCACUGGGAUUAUUCGGAUGGAGAACUGAGUUCGUGGGAGGAUGAUGAUGACUAUCACUUCUCAAUUGGGCGAUUAACAAAGACACCUUCGGCGAGUCACAACUCCCUCCAGGAACAGUCCUCCAUACAUAUGAACAGGUCGGGUUCGGAAGACCACAACGACCGCAGUUGGGAAGUUGAUUAA